AUGGAUCCUUUCUUGUCACACCUUUUCCUAUUCCUUGUUGUUUUCACCAUGCUUCUCAUCACAAAUGAAUCCACUUUGCACAAUUUUGCUUCUACUUUUUCUAGUUCUAAACAAGAUUAUGAUCUCAUCGAGUGGAAAUCCAGCCUUGAAAAUCAUGUGUCCUUGUCCUCAUGGUCAUUAACUCCUCCUAAUUACUAUAAUUCUUCGACCAACGUAGCUUCAUGCAGUUGGUUUGGAGUUUCUUGUCACUCAGAUGGAAGCAUCAAGAAGUUGAACCUCUCAUCAUCUAGUUUGAAAGGUACACUACUCAAGUUCUCAUUUUCAUCAUUUCCUAAUCUUAUUUUGCUUGAUUUGAGCAGAAAUGAGUUUUUUGGACACAUUCCGUCCCAAAUCAGUCAACUCUCGAAGCUUUUCUAUCUUAAUUUUUGUGAUAAUCAAUUCUCAAGAGAGAUUCCACUAGAAAUUGGGAAUCUAACCUCGCUCUCUAGACUUUGUUUGCGGGGAAACAAUAUUUCCGGUCGUAUUCCUGAUGAGAUAGGGAAUUUGAGGUCUCUUGAAUAUCUAAAUAUUGCCAGAAAUCAUCUAGAUGGUUCCAUUCCUCAUUCUUUUGGGAACAUGAGCUUGCUCACUACACUUUGGUUGGAUAGAAAUGAACUUUCUGGGCCUAUUCCUUAUGAGAUAGGGAAUUUGAGGUCUCUUGUAAAUCUAGGUAUUGAAAGAAAUCAUCUGAAUGGUUCCAUUCCUCCUUCAUUUGGGAAUCUAAGCUUGCUCGCUACACUUUGGAUGGAUUCAAAUGAACUUUCUGGGGCUAUUCCUCAUGAGAUAGGGAAUUUGAGGUUUCUUAUAGAUCUAGAUAUUUCCAAAAAUCAUCUAGAUGGUUCCAUUCCUCGUUCAUUUGGGAAUCUGAGUUUGCUCACUACACUUCUUUUGUACGCAAAUGAACUUUCAGGUCCUAUUCCUCAUGAGAUAGGGAAUUUGAGGUCUCUUGUAGAUAUAGAAAUUAACAAAAAUCAUCUGAAUUGUUCAAUUCCUCCUUCAUUUGGGAACCUCAGCUUGCUCACUACACUUUAUUUGUUUCAAAAUGAACUUUCUGGGCCUAUUCCUCAUGAGGUAGGGAACUUGAGGUCGCUUGUAGAUCUAGAAAUUUCCAUAAAUCAUAUAGAUGGUUCAAUUCCUCCUUCAAUUGGAAAUCUGAGUUUGCUCACUAUACUUAACUUGGAAAGUAAUGAACUUUCCGGACCUAUUCCACACGAGCUAGGGAAUUUGGAGUCACUUUCAAGUUUACAAUUGCACAACAACAAACUUUCUGGAAAUUUGCCCGAUAACAUGUUCCUACAUGGAAAGAUUCAAUACAUUUCUUUGUCUGACAAUGCGUUCAAAGGUUCAAUCCCACAAAGCCUUCGAAAUUGCUCCGAUUUAAUUAGAAUUUGGUUUGAUGGAAAUUUUCUAACAGGAGAUAUUUCUGAAAGUUUUGGCAUACAUCCGAAAUUGUAUUAUGUAAACCUUGCAAGGAACUAUUUUCAUGGGGAGUUGACUGAUAAAUGGGGUAAGUUCAACAAACUUGGAACCCUCAAGAUAUCUGAAAACAAUAUCACCGGUACAAUUCCCCAGGAACUUGGAGAUUCGGUUAUGCUACAACAUAUUGAUCUCUCUUCUAAUCAAUUGGUUGGAAACAUUCCUAAGAAAUUGUGUAAUCUAAAGGAUAUGUUACACUUGGAUCUUAGCAAUAACCAGUUUUUUGGCCUAAUACCGAAAGAGCUGGGAUUGAUGACUAAACUUUGGAAACUUGACCUUUCAAGAAAUAAAUUGAGUGGAACAAUUCCAGAAUUUCUUGUAGAUUGUGAGCAACUUGAUUCCCUAAACUUGAGCCACAAUGGUUUAAAUCAUGAAGUUCCACUUCAAAUUCUAAAGCUAAAAAAUUUGAGGACUCUUGAUCUAAGCCAUAAUUUGCUUGUUGGUGAGAUCUCAUCCGAGUUUCAAAGUCUGCAGAGUAUAGAAGUUCUUAACCUAUCCCACAAUCACUUCUCUGGAACUAUUCCUAUGGAAAUUAUGGGUAUGCGUAGCUUAAUUUUUGCAGAUGUCUCCUAUAACUAUUUAGAGGGUCUUAUCCCCAAGUGCAAUGCAUUCACUAAUGCUUCAAUGCUAGAAGGGAACAAUGGGCUAUGUGGUGACAUUGUUGGAUUUAAACGGUGCACAACGUCAAGAAAACACAAGUACUUCAUGUCCCUAGUAAUUGUGUUUAGUAUUUUAGGAGCACUUGUAUUUCUAUGUACCGUCAUAGGGCUUGUGAUAUUUUAUGAAAAAAGAAAGAGAAUACCUACAAGCGAAGUACUUCAAGAAGAUCACCGAAGUUUGUUCUGCAUUACCAACUUUGAUGGAAAAUCAUUAUAUGAUCAGAUCUUGAAUGCGACAAACGAUUUUGACAAUGAGUUUUGCAUUGGAGAAGGAACACAUGGUAUUGUUUACAAGGCGAUUCUAGGAUCAGAUUGGAUAGUAGCUGUGAAGAAAGUGCACUUGCCAUUGCAACAAUCUAAAAAUGCAACUUUUGUUAAUGAGGUGACAACAUUAACAAAUAUAAGGCAUCAUAACAUUGUGAAGCUUUAUGGAUUUUGCUCACAUGCCCGUCACUCAUUUCUGAUUUAUGCUUAUCUUGAACGGGGUAGUUUGAAAGCAGUGCUAGAUGAAGAAAACGAAGCAAUGCGAUUAGAUUGGAGUAAGAGGUUGAAUAUAAUCAAAGGAGUGGCAGACGCUUUGUCGUAUAUGCAUCAUGAUUGUUCACCCCCAAUUGUUCAUCGUGACAUAUCAAGCAAAAAUAUUUUGCUAGGCUUGGACUACGAGCCUCAUGUUUCGGACUUUGGCACCGCCAAAUUUUUAAAGCUCGACUCUUCAAAUUGGAGUGAGCUUGCAGGCACAUAUGGAUAUAUUGCUCCCGAGUUUGCUUACACGAUGAGAGUAACUGAAAAGUGCGAUGUGUAUAGCUUUGGGGUUUUGGUACUUGAAGUGAUCAAAGGACAACACCCUCAUGAUCUUAUUGCAGUUUUGUCAUCUCCGUUCUCUGAAAAGGUGGAUUUAAAGGAUUUGAUGGAUCACCGUGUUGCGCCCCCUUCGUUACAAACUAAGAUGAUAUUGGAGUCCGUGAUAAUGGUCGCAAUUGAAUGCCUACAAACCAUUCCAAAAAGAAGGCCAACAAUGUAUCAAGUCUCCACGCGCCUAUCGGCCCUUGGUUUACCAAUUAUCACACGCCCUUCUAACACUCGUCCAUAAACAUUCUCUCACUAGGUUACGUUUUGAUUUCACCUUAUCAUCAUUAGUUUGGUAUUCAUGAGAUAUGGUUUCAUGUUGUGAGUUUGGUACG